AUGUCUUUCAUUUCUUCCGCCUCAAGCUCCUCUUCUGAUGAUUUCUCCAAAAAUCAUGAAUUUGAUUGCUUAGUUGAUGAGUAUGUAGCAAAUCACCUACCUCAUAGAUUACUUCCUCCAGACCAACCAAAAGAACCUCCACUAAAUAAUGAAACUGAACUAUCAACGGAGCCCAAAAGGGAUAGGGAAAGAGAAAAAGGGCAUGUGCAACUAUACAACGAUUAUUUCGCGAAUAAUCCAAUGUAUAACGACAACCAAUUCCGACGUAGAUUCCGUAUGCAACGGUCAUUGUUCUGCCGCAUUAUGAGCAAAGUGGUUGAGGGGGAUCAAUUCUUCCAGCAACGUCGAAAUGCAGCUGGGAAGCUUGGUUUAUCACCAUUGCAGAAAUGCACCGUUGCAAUAAGAAUGUUAGCGUAUGGCGUAGCCGCAGACGCUGUGGAUGAAUAUUUACGUCUCGGCCAAACAACCUCUAGGCAGGCAUUGCAACAUUUCUGUCAAGGGGUUAUUUCACAAUUUGAAAGUGAAUAUCUACGAAAACCUACAGAUGAAGAUUUAAGGAGAAUCCUUCAUCAAAAUGAUCUGCGUGGUUUUCCAGGGAUGAUUGGUAGUAUAGACUGCAUGCAUUGGGAGUGGAAGAAUUGUCCUACUGCUUGGAAGGCACAAUAUGCUGGUCGUAGCAAGAGUGCAACUCUCAUUCUUGAAGUUGUUGCUUAUCAGGAUCUAUGGAUUUGGCAUGCGUUCUUUGGAAUGCCCGGGUCAUGUAACGAUUUGAAUGUCCUUUAUCGUUCACCGGUAUUUGAUGAUGUUUUACAAGGUCAUGCACCACCCAUAAAUUUUACGGUUAAUGGACAUCAAUAUGAGUUGGGCUACUACUUGGCCGAUGGGAUUUACCCGAGAUGGCCAACUUUUAUACAGGGUAUAACACAUCCUCAUGUUAGAAAAGACAAGUUGUUUUCUGAUCAACAAGCAGCAGUUCGGAAAGACGUCGAACGGGCUUUCGGAGUUUUACAAGCUAGGUUCGCUAUACUACGACAACCAUCACUUGCAUUCGACGAAGAUAUUCUCUGUGAUAUUAUGAAAGCCUGUAUAAUAAUGCACAACAUGAUCGUCGAGGAUGAACGACACAACUACGCACGUGCAGAUGUUUUGAGACGAUACUACGAAGAAGAUCGACCACAACGUACGGUGAGGCGGGCAGGCCCGAGCACAAGUGCCACGGUGAAUAACAACGAGCCAUUUGAAUUCAACGUCGGGCGACCACCCAACAUUGAUUUCAACACGUAUUUGGAGAGAAGGAUUUCCCUUCGUGAUAGAGAAAUUCAUUCAUCUCUGAAACAAGAUUUAGUGGAGCACAUAUGGCAGAACUUUCGUCAUAAUGCGGUUGAAUAA